AGGUGUUUUCAAGUUUAUCCUGAGGACAAGUAGGGCAAAGAGAGAAAAGUAAACAAGUGAUAUCCAUCAAAGCUAAGGUCAAGGAGAAAAGGGUCACCUAAGAGGAGUCUCAAGGCUCUUGGGAGGACAUCCAGACAGGAUUUGACCUCAAGAGGUCAAGGGUCAUCUUCAAGAUUGGAGUUCAAGUUGGGAUUACCACAGAGGAAGAGAGCGGCGUAAACUCCCAGCAACAGGUCGCCCCACUGCCAUGUGAGCUGUGCUAGCAUUGGCAAGCCAAGCGAGACACCAGGCAUCGGGUUACCAAGUCUAUUAAUACAAGUGCCAUGAGCAACAUGUAAGGUGUUAUGAUCUCACACAAAUCUUACGCUGAUAAACUUAACAACUCGCCCGCUAUCACCAUCACUGUCGGCUGGCAUCCGUGCUAAUGAUAUGCCACUUUGUCUCACACGUUGUGUCAGAGCCAUUUACGUGCCUCUAAUGAACAGCUACUUUUGUCUGUCACGGCUCCAGCUCCAAUCACCCUUCCCAGGCAGUCUUCUCAAGUUGGUUCGUUUUUCAAACUGACGGAUUGAGGACGAGGUGUAGUUAAUCACACAUCUGCAUCUCAGUGUUGGCCAUCCUCACCCUUGAGUAGCUGCUUUCUUGCAGACAUCCUUUUCCACGGAGACUGGACGUAACCUGCUGCUGAGGGCAGCAGACGCAUGUAUGUGGCCGGCCUGGGUGCCCGUGCUCAAACGUAGAAAGAGAGGACCAGCUUAUAGCGACCAGCAAGACGAGGGAUCAUGCAACAAGAUGGGGGCAGGGAACAGUGCCACUAUCUGCGAUAAGUUUCGCAGCAGUAGUUCCUCAGAUCUCUCUCCUGGAAGCAGUGUAGAUCAACAUCCAGCCACACACAAAAGUAACAGAAAUGGGAAGCAAGUCUUGUCUGAAGGGCAAAUUUCAUUUGGUGUUACUCCCAAAUCCUUAGCAGCCAAAGAGCAACAUACAGCAGUGAGAAGAGAGAACGGAGACGGAAUGGAAACAGAAGAUGCAUCCCAUGUAGCGUUGCUUAGCGACCACACCAAGAGUACUCAGGAGGAAGAGGAGAAAAUGGACACUAUGGAAUCAGAAACAAAAGUUGUUUUCACGGCGGGUGAUGCGGACGACGACGAUGAUGACGAUGACGUGACCCUGUCAGAAUCCACGCCGAACUUUCAAUCAUGGCAGCAGCACCACGAGCUGGUGCGAGGUCGUCCAUACCUGGCGUUGGACACUAGGAUACGAUCCCACAGCCAGUCAGAGGUGGAGGACUGUACAUACCACCAUGGGGUGCGACCUGUUAGCAGUGCCAUGCCCAUCGUGGAUGUCACUGGUAGGCCCUUGAGCUGUGGGCCACGUGACAUAACAUCAACCAGUCCACGAGGAAGAAUAGUUGUUAAAAGUAUCAGUGCCGAUAAUCCCACCCAGAUCCUUUCGUCACAAAUGCUGUCUGUCCCCAACGGAUCAUCUUCAAGUGCUCCAAAGCAAGUGCCUGUAUCGCGGCGGAUCUACCCGUCGUUGCCCUACUCCCCUUAUGGUUCACCGUCUGGAUCCCCAUGUGCCUCACCCCGCACCAAACGGCCACCUACCAAGGAGUCCAGAACCAUCUCCAUCCUAGACAAAUUGAACUAUGUGCAGCUGAAUCAGUACCACUUGAAAGAUGAGAUCGGCAAGGGUUCUUAUGGAGUAGUAAAGCUGGCCUAUAACGAGGAAGACGAUACACACUAUGCAAUGAAAAUCCUAUCCAAGAAGAAACUUAUCAAGAAAGGAGGAUUUGCAAAGCGCCCACCACCUCGAGGAGGGAAGCCUAACAAGGCACCUAAAACACCUCUUGAUAGAGUUCAUCAAGAGAUUGCCAUACUGAAGAAGCUGGACCAUCCAAAUGUUGUAAAACUUGUUGAGGUUUUGGAUGACCCAAACACAGAUUAUCUCUACAUGGUCUUUGAGCUUGUGGAGAAAGGGCCUGUAAUGGAGGUGCCUUCUGACAAUCCUCUGAGCGAGAUGUUGGCUUUGACCUACUUUAGGGAUAUCGUACAAGGCAUGGAGUUCUUGCAUUAUCAAAAGGUGAUCCAUAGAGACAUCAAACCUUCUAAUCUACUCCUGGAUGAAGACAAUCAUGUCAAGAUUGCAGAUUUUGGAGUGAGUGACAAGUUUGAAGGGAUUGAUGCUCUUCUUUCAGACACCGUAGGUACACCAGCAUUUAUGGCUCCAGAGUCCUUGCUAGAGGAAUCAAACAAGUAUGGUGGACGAGCCUUGGAUGUAUGGGCUAUGGGAUGCACUCUUUACUGCUUUCUCUUUGGCCAGGUGCCGUUUCAAGACAACUUUAUCUUAGGCCUUCAUAAUAAGAUUAGGACUCAACCUGUCAUGUUCCCUGAAGAUAUUGAUGUUUCUGCGGAAGUAAAACAUCUAAUCACCAGAAUGCUGGAGAAGGAACCACAGAAGAGGAUAACACUACCUGAAAUUAAGGAAGAUCCAUGGGUAACCCAACAUGGCUAUGAACCUCUGAUGUCCCAGGAAGAGAACUGUAUACUAGUAGAAGUAACUCAGGAUGAAGUAGAUAGCUGUAUCAAGCAACUACCAAAGAUUGAAACACUUAUACUUGUGAAGAAUAUGCUGAAGACUAGAUCCUUUCAUAACCCUUAUAGGAACUCUAGGAAAGGAAGAUUUGCACUUUCAUCACUUGGUUCCAGUGUGGAUAGUAAGAUGGAAGCUACAGUCAAAUAAACCUACAUCUUAUCUUAUAGAAUUGUAGAGACAUUUGAGGAUAAACUGGCAAAGACUGAGAAUUUGACUCGAAAGUCUUGGAAGUUGAGUGAUGUCUGCCAGGAGGAAUAACCUGGCUGACAUAUUCUUCUGAGAGUGGAGUUUAAGGAUAUUUUUUUUUGGAAGGCUUGAAUAGAAAUAUUGAUUAUGAUAGGUGUGGAGUCGUGAUCAUCUGGCAAGUUGAAGGAUAUUGACAGAGGCCACAAGAUUGAAAGGAGGAAAGACGAAGUGAACAACAGCUGAGUGUGGAAAAGAAGAAGAAGGAGCAGAUAUUUAUCUCGCCUGCAUAGUAGAGCAAGACUAUAGGUGCCGCUUUUCUGACAGCCUAGCAGAGUCGUCAAAAGUGAAAUCCUUACCUAAGGUUAUGUUUUAAAAUAUCUACAUAAAUUUGAAGGGAGGAGGCCCUGUUUUAUGAAACUUGAUCAUAAGCUCAUUCAAGUAGCACUGAUCACUUUGUACAAGUUGCAAGUCAUAUGAUCAAUGUCAAAGGCCAUUCAGGGUCAAUGAACUUUGAUCAUGUUGUGUUUCCUAGUCAAGGUCAAUGAACUUAGGAUUUUAUUAUCACAUGAAUGUUACCCCCCCCCCCCUCUUUUUGAUAAAAAUUACUCAGUCAGCACUGCAGCUAUAUUGAAUUGUGUCAUGCAGGUGAGAUUGCCAGGGUCAUUCCACCUGUUAAUUGUCAAUCUAUGUCAUCUGUGGAAGCUUCAAAGCUAGUAAAGACCUGACAGCAUCUUUUCAUGGAACAAAUAGUUUCAAUCACAAUUUUUAUAAGCUCUUGAAAUCCUUGCAUUUGUUUGGCUCAGAACAAAUUAAUCAAUAGAAAUCACGUAUAAGAUACUUUCUGAAACACUCCACUGACUGAAAAAACAGAACCUGCAAUAAAAAAAGUUAUUUUUUUGUCUCUGAAUGGCUUUGAGAGAUUCAUGUGUUUCCAAUAAUACUGUAGUCUGUGGCUUACAGAAAUAAGUGCAUCAUAUCCAAUUGUUUAUUUCAUCACUUUUCCCUUGUGAAAUUGAUUUUUAAAUGUACAUUGAUUAAACUUGUAUUCAGUUUUCUUCUUCAAUGUGUGAUGAUUGAUUUUGUAAGGUUGUGUGACAUAUCAGUAGAUUUUUAGAUUUCUGUAUGUGGUUUGUUUGUAUUUCCAGGUCAUAUUUUAUUUCUCCAUUCUUGUUAUGAAGUUAAAUUCAUUUUUUACACUCCAUUCCUGCUAACUUCCUAUUCCUUCUCUCCAACUUCUGUCUCUCUUUUUUUCUUUUCUCUCUCAUUACGCUAGUACCACUCCUAUUUCACCCAUUGCCCCCCUGUUUUUAUCUGUCUCUUCUUAUCGCCUUCUUCACACCUCUCCCAGUCUCUCACUUUUCCCCUCCUCUCCCCCUCUCUCUUUAUCUUUCUUCCAAAUGCCCUCCUUCAUCUAUUUCCGUCUAUCAUUUUCCUUUUCCCUUGACCAUGGUACAGUACAUUUAGACUAGCUACAAUCUUAAACAUGCUUUAUGUUGGUAAGCUGAACAAAAAAAAUGCAAUACUCUGUUGGUAUAUAUGUGUGAGAGAUUUUCUGCAAUCUGCAUGAUAUUCUACAAGGAGGAGUGGAUCAUUCCAACAAAGUGUGUGUAGUAGAAGGCUGUAUGUAGCACCUAUUGCUUAUAUCAAUCAGACCUUUUGUUUAUAGUGAAUGUGUCUCAUAAAGUUGUUUUAAUUAUUGAUGAGGCUUGCACUAAAUGCUUGAACAAUGUACGUUUAGAAUCAUCCUGUAUUGCUGUACAUAUAUUUGGUGUACAACUCAAUGGCGAUCUUUUUAUGCUUGUAUUAGUUAGGCAGGAUAAAACAAAUGACAUCAUGACAUUUAAAGCAAAAGUGGUAUGUUGAACACUUUCCUCAAAAUUGUAAUUGCCAAGUGUAAGAGGGAUUUUAUGUACAUGUAAAUUAGUAAAUUAGGCCUGAAGUUGACAUGCACAUGGUAAAAUUAGAAAUAAUAUCAAAGCUUCACCCAUUUUUUCUAAAUUUUCACUUUUUUCCAUAUUUUCCAUAUUUUAUAUGAUAAUUAUUUUGUAGUUAUUUACCAGGUAUCGAAAUUUACCUUGCUGAAGGUAUUGAAUUUUUGCCAAACUUCCUUUAAUUUUAUAGUUUGAAUUGAUAAGCAUUUCAGAACAUGCUACUACACAACUCAUUUUCUUUGUAGUUUUGAUACAUGCAUAUAUACCUAGCUUAUUUCGGUUGAACGAUUCAGAUAGAUGUACAUUUGUUUAAAGCUGGGAUGGUGAUAUCCAAAGUAUUUUUAGAGGGUAAAGAGAUGCUAGUUCUUAGUAUAGAAUAAGCAGUAUAAAGAAGUGGUGAUAUUGAAGUUGAAGAAAAAAAACUGUUGUUUAAGUCAAAGUGUAUCUAUCAACCAUUGGUGUUUCAUGUUUUUGAACCAAUUUCUGAUGAGAAAUGACAGGAAUUUUCAAUUUGGAAAAUAUUAGAUUGAUUUAUAUCUUUCAUUGUUUGAUAUUUGAAUGCUGCAGGUUUAUGUUACAUGAAGAAAGUUAGGAUGCCAUUUGAGGGGCACUAACUAGUCAGCUGUCAUAGAUAAUUGUCAAUUUUAUUAGAUUUUGUAUGAUGGAAAUUGACAUUUUUUCAAUCAUUCUAUGGAUGUGACCUUUUUACAAAUUAAUAAGGCUGAUGUAUUUUGUUGGCUGUGUAUACAAGUUUUGACAAAAGUUUGAAUUUGGGAAAUAGACAGAGGGGGAUGCUUAAAAAAAGGAAUAAUAUUUGAGUUAGAUUACUCAAAGUGUAAUUUUCCUCAACUUUUUCUCUUUCUUCAAAUCAGAAGAAAUGAAUAUUUGGGGAUAUUUGUCUAAUGGCCAAAUAAAAGAACAAAGAUUUUCCCUUAUGUUCUAUGUGGUUUGGAAUUAAAAAUUGCAUGUCUUGAAAGUUAACAGCAUUUUAUUCAUCUUGGUAUAUUCAUGUCUCCAUAUCAGAGUUUCAAUGUCAUGAGUGAAAAAAAAAAUGUUUUGUUGUGUCGAGUCAUGUUAAUAAGUUUCUAAGUACUCAUCAAUAUUAUAUAGCCCAUUUCUUCAAAAUGUUUAUUGUAAAUGUUACUUCUGAAAGACAGAGACCUGACUGAACUAAUUUACCACACUAUUUUGAAAUGUACGCAGUAUCAGGUUACUAAUGUGGGUUUAAGGUCAUUGUUGUGCUUGGGACAUAACAUGUGUCUGGAUUUUGGUUCAUUGGGUCACAUAUUGUUUGUGUGCUUUGUCUAAAUGCCGUUAACUGUAUUUACUAAAAGAGAUUGUGAAUUGUUUGUACUAUAUACAUGUAUAUGAUUUGGUGCCGCUGUCAGUAUACAAUAUCCUCAAUGAGGGCUUGGUCUAAGGCCAAAAUCUUAUACAAUCUAUUUUAUGUGCCAUUAUUACUUUCCUUCAGGUCAAAGAUUUUGUGUCAUUAAAAAAUUCUUUAUUAUAUAUAAUUCUCUGUAUCAUGGAACGAACAAUAGUCCUUAAUGUAUAUACUGUAUAUUUGCAUUCUUUUAUCAUAGAAGUAAAACAAAUUGUUGUCAUUCCUGUUUAUAUAAUUUUUUUAAAGACAAAUUAUUGCAUCAUCAUAUACAUCGUGCUUGUGUAUAUAUGAAUCUUUUCAUAAAGGAAACUAUGUGUAUAUGUAAGACUUUUGUAAUUUGUUUGUUCUUUCACUUGCUGUAUUUACAAGCAAGUUCGCUUUGGUUUAAUGUAUUUAAAAUGAUGUUUGAACAAAAAACACCUAGUCAUUGUUUCAGAAUAAGUUCAGUUGCCUGUGUCAUGUUUUCCUGAAGUAUUGAAUAACCCAUGGAUAUACAGGAAGCUUCUUUUGAUUUCAGAAAGUUUAAGCUCCAGGUAUUCAAAGAAAGAUUGUGAAUGACUUUUUUUUUGGAAGAGUAGAAAAGAAAUAAUGAUUUUAUUACCUUUUUUACUAUUCAUUAGGGCAAAAUGAACUGAGUUCUUUAACAUCCACUAUUACAUCAAAUUGACAUAUGUGGGUUUAUUUUACUGAAGUAAAUUAAAACUAGUCUAUUCAUGUCAGUUAAACUGGUUGUUUUAUUGAGCUUUUGCACUUGAUAUUAUGUUGUUGGCAGCAUUGGUGAUACAAAAUGUCAAUGAAACUUUCUUUCUUAAAUUACUUGAAGAGAUUUUAAUUCUGAAAGAAACACCUGUUUAACAGACUUUUUAAAAGAAACUGCUUCCUCCCCUUUAACUAAAAAGCCUCAAAUUUUGAGAAAAAAAAAUAGACUUUUGUGUCCAGUGACCAAAAAACAUAAAACAAACGAAAAGAAAUCAGAUGAAAGGUCACUGUACUUAGUACUUAGCUGAAAGGGAAAAUGUUUUUUUAUGUUAGUCAUCAAAAUUGGUUAAAAUUGAUAGACUAGAUUUAACGUGGCAUGAGUUUUCAUAUUCUUAUUUUGGCAAGAAAUACAUUGAAAAAUUUCUUACUUUUAUUCACACAGAUGCCAAAUGUUCACAUUUUGCAUUAUUUUGAUGUUUUUUUAAUAAAAAGACUGCAUGUCUCAUGAAAAGUAUCCCUUUCCCCUAAAUAUACGAUUGUCUGUAAGAGCUCUCUAUAAGAAAAGUUAAGGUUUCUACUCAAAUACUUUUGUCACCCAUCAAAUUACUGCAUACUUUAAAGACAUUGGCAUUCCUGCAUUAAUUUCAAUUCCAUGGUUAUUUGUUUCAUUUUGAAAUAUUUGGAAAAUGUAUAUUUAUGUGUCAGGCGAUUUGUUUUUAAGAAUUGGAUUCAACUGAUGGAGACACAAAAUGUAGAUUACAGAAGUAUUAAAAUGUAAAAUAACUGAAUAAGUGUAAAUCAACUUGAUAUGUAUUAAUUUCAAAGCUUUUGGAUUUGUAUUACAAUUGCAUUACUAAAAAAGUUUAUAUUUAAAAAAGAAAUUUCCAGGUUUGAAAAUGUGGCGAUUUCCUCAGUAAAUUAAAUAAUCCAGCAUUAUCAGUUUGCGACUUGUUUCACAGAGACUUAAGUGUGAUUUGAAGUUAUGUUCAAUUACGCAACAAUGUGCACAUGAUAUUUAAUGCAUAAACUCAUUAGUUACAGAAUGAUCUGACCAAUGUGGUAAUUAUGAUAUACCACUAAACUUGUAAUUCAAGUAUGAUUUUGAAGUCAUUUUUAACUCGGUGAUCAAACACCCUGAUAUGUGUAUGAUGGAUCCAAUCACUAUUUUUAGUGAUGUCAUCGUUAAAUUUAUUGUGCAUUCACAUUUUGUUUAUAAACCAUAUUUCAAAAUAUUGUUCUUGGUCGCUAUUGCUCUCUUCGUUUUACAAUUUUUCUGAAGUCAUGAUUACAGUAGAUAUCAAGAUGGCCAUGGUACUAAUUUUUGUAUAUUCACUUCAUUUCAAUUUUCUGAGGAAUUCAAGCAUUGUUUUUUUUUGUAGACAAUAAACUGGGACUUAUUCCAACUUAUUUUCAAAAGACAAA